CUUGCUAGCUUUUCAUGUUAAUUUCAGAAAUUAAUUAAGCCAUCAAAGAGUUAUGAAGUUUCCAUUUGCAUUUACCAAUCGUUUUAAUUCCUCAUCUGAUAUUAUGGAAACUAACCAACUUAUCCCAUAUGAAACAGGUGGAAAAAGAGUCCAGAAAUUCUCUCUUUUCUCUUACAGAGAAUUGAAGGCAGCAACUCAUGGAUUCAGAGUAUCAAAUAGAAUUGGAGAAGGAGGAUUUGGUUCUGUUUACAAGGGUCGACUUGAAGAUGGAAGCUUUGUGGCUGUAAAAGUACUAUUAGUUGAAUUAGAAUCAAUGAGAGGUGAAAGGGAAUUUAUAUCAGAAAUAGCUGCAUUGUCUAAUAUCAGACAUCAAAAUCUUGUCACCCUCAGAGGAUAUUGUGUGGAUGGGACUAAAAGACUCUUAGUCUAUGAUUACAUGGAAAACAAUUGCCUAUCACAAACAUUACUAGGGGAAGAGCAGAACAGAAGUAAAUUUACAUGGGAACUUAGGAGAGAAAUUUCAAAAGGAAUAGCAAAGGGACUAUCAUAUCUCCAUGAAGAAGUGAAUCCUCAUGUUGUACACAGAGAUAUUAAGGCCAGCAACAUAGUUCUUGAUCACAAUUUCACACCAAAAAUCACGGAUUUUGGUUUAUCUAGGCUAUUUUCCAAGAACAUUUCACAUAUUACAACUCGAGUUGCUGGUACAUUAGGCUAUCUUUCUCCAGAAUACGCGAUUAGUGGACAUUUAACUCGGAAAUCAGAUGUUUAUAGCUUUGGUGUAUUAUUGCUAGAAAUAGUCAGUGGUUGCCCUGUUAUUGCCUUUGACAUUGAGAGAGGAGAACAUUUCCUAGUUAACAAGGCAUGGGAAAUGUACAAUUCUGGCAAAUUAUUAGAGCUAGUGGACCCUGUGUUAAAUGGAGAAUUUUGUGGCGACGAAGCUGUCCGAUUCUUGAAAAUUGGCUUACUUUGUGUGCAAGAAAUAGCCAGCCUCCGCCCAAAAAUGUCUUCAGUCUUCAAGAUGUUGAGAAGUGCCAAUUAUAUGGAAUUAGAAGACAUAAAUAUUACUCAACCAGGAAUUCUUGCUGAUUUGGGAGAUGUUAAAAUAGGUCAAAAACAAUCUUCUCAUAAUUUUUUCUCCAAUGUUGUAGCUAUAGAGAAAAUGUUGGUACAAAGUGUAUAUUUCACACAUGCACACAAAAGUUGGCCUAACACUCUCUUUGAGAAGAUACAGGGUUCGAAGUCAAAGAAGAGACAAAUUUAGGAUUUGAAUUUAUAGGUUAUGAUAAAUAUUUCAAGUGAAUAUAAAAGAAUAAUUAGGUUC